CAUGGUGGACUUACACGUGGAGUUACACGCGCGGUUUCAAAAUGAGUUCGAGAGAUGAGGAAGUUUACAUGGAAUUUUCGUUUAUUAAAGAAAACAGCGUAAGUCAGCGGGAGAAAGUGAAGGCGUUCUGGAAGUUCUUGGAUGCUCAGAAUUGUUUGCAACCGCACAAAGGAAUAUUGGAACGCGAAUCGUCAUCGGAAACGGCGUCGGUAUCGAGCGUGGAGGAAAUUAUGAAGGAGAAGGAUAUUUGGCGCAAGGGAUUGCAAGUCUUCCAACAACUCGGUCUAGACAAGACCGCUCUCGCAGCUGAUAACAAAUGCGGACUCUGCAGCUUCGCUCACAAAACAAAGUUCCAGUAUGAUGCAAAGAUCUGGCCGACACGGUGACGCAACCGUAUGAGGAAUUGAACGCUGACAUAGAGGCCUUCGAGCAGCGUCAAAAAAAUCGUGACUCGAUCAUCUUUACUCAGCGCGAAGCGUUUUGUGCUGCCGACAAAUCCAAUUGCAACUCUAGUGUAAAAACGAAGAAAUAAUGUAAUUUGUGUAGUCGAUACUUUAGGACG